GAAUAUAUAUGUAAUAAUUUAUUAAACUAGGUCCGGGAGUCAUACUAAAAGUAAGUUUACCGAUGCAAACGGAUCAAGAAUUGACUUCCUUUACGAAUCACCGGAUAAAACAGAAAAGAGUAUAUUUAACGAUAAUAAUGCGACAAAUAAGAGAAGUCAUAAUUUAUCCCAAGUUCACAACAUCCUCAAGAAGAUCGAGGACACUGAACACAAGAAUCGGAACCUGCAUAUAAGAAAUAGGAAGGAUACAAAACCGUUGUUAACAACUCAAAUUACUGAUAACACAAAGUAUUCUGUGAACGAUAGGAAUCACCCAAUGAAUCUAUCUGUCAGUUCCUUGAAUUCCCUGUCAAAAUCGAGAGAUAGCCGUAUGGGAGCUUCUAUGACUCAAAACAACGAUCCUCGCAAUGAAAGCAGUCUUAGAAAAUAGAAAAAUCCGUUCAAAGUUAACUAUUUUUAAAGUUAACAAGCAAGGACUCAAAUUAGCAAAGGAAUACACAGGAUCAGAAAAUUUCGCUGAGACAAAGAAAAAAAGAAUUAAGAAAUCAUUCUCUCCAAUGGGAAAUGAGAUCUACUUGAAGAAGCCUACAAGGCAAGGAAGAGACUUUAUAAAUUACUGGUCUGCUAAGACUUCAAAGAGAGCAACCAAAAGGAAGAGUCGAAGGUCAAACACUAAAGAGUACUUCUAUAGGAUUCGAGGAGACCCUGAUGGGUUUAAUUAAACUUCAUUCAA